UCGCAUAAAACUCGAAGGAAAAAUCUACCAAAAUCCGACAACUCACCCCAGCGGUCAAAUUGUUUCUUUACCCUGAAAAGAAAACUCAACGUGCACGUGGAUCCCUCGAACGAGGCCACAAUACCAAAAGGGUUCUAAUUUUUCCCCUGAUUUUCUGCCCCGCAUUCUCUGUUCAGGACUUUUGGGAUCAUCAGAUCCUCCUCUGCUGCCAGGUAAAUUGAUGUUUGUUCUUUCUUUAAUUUGUAGUUGUUUCUGUACUGCUACGUGUUACUGCGGUAAUUGCUCGUCGAUUGUUGUUAUCCUCGCUACCGAAUUCCCCUUUUUGGGAUAGAAUCAUGGAUGUCGCAUCUACUGUCUAGUUGUGCUCACUGAAAAUAGUUUCUUUGCUUACGGAUUUUUCUUUCUCUUUUUGGUAGAAUUUGAAUCUUUUCUUUGCUUUCCUUUUCAUUUCCUUUUUCCUUCUUUGGGUGGGGGUGUGUGGAGAGGGGUUGGGGUUGGGGGUGAGCUUUCUUGCCUUCUCUGUGUUUAAAUUUUAUGUUUUUGACUGGUGGGUGGGGUUUUCUUUACAUUUAUGGGGAAAUUUUUAUGCAUGCAUGCAACUGUGUGUAUGGCCUAAAUGGUUAUGCCAAUUCUAUGCUGUUAUCCAUUAGGUCUUAAAAGUUGAUACUUUUAAGAUUAUAUGGAUUCUUAAGCUUCUUUAUAAAUUGCUGAUGUGGUGUUUUGUUUGAGGGGGUUUUGGGUUCCUUCACGGUUGUUAAAUAUAUCUGGAGCUGAAGUGUGAAUGGGGAUUCAGACAAUGAAUUCUCAUUUGGGUGGUGGAUGGCACCAAUCUCAUGUUCAGCAUCCACCGGCACGGCACAACUCAUGGUUAGGCCUCACACUUGAGGAGGUUGAAAACCAUUUAGGUAAUUUAGGCAAACCAUUAGGCAGCAUGAACCUUGAUGAAUUGCUUAAGAAUGUGUGGACUGCCGAGGCUAGCCACUCGUCUGAAACGGAUAAUAUUAACCCUUCCCCAGCAGUGUCACUCCAGCGCCAAGCAAGUUGGUCGCUUGCGAGGGCUUUUAGUGGGAAGACGGUGGACGAGGUGUGGGGGGAUAUCCAACGAGGAUAUAAGAUGAGAAAUGCAGGGAAAACAAAUAGCCAGGAAAGAGAGCCAACCCUUGGAGAGACAACUUUGGAGGAUUUCUUGGUAAAAGCAGGGAUGUACGUGAACAGUGCUUCCAUUGAACCCAUGAUGUCCUUGGACAGUGCAUUGAAAUCUCAAAAAUUCUCAUCUCAAAUGGGUUUGUCGCCUUCUCCUUCAACUGAUGCUUUGUCAGAUACACCAACACCAGGCAGGAAGAGGAUCUCUGGGGACCUUGAAAAGACCCUUGAGAGGAGGCUAAGACGGAAAAUUAAGAAUAGGGAAUCUGCUGCACGCUCACGGGCAAGAAAACAGGCUUACCACAAUGAGUUGGUGACUAAGGUCUCGCGGCUUGAAGAGGAAAAUGCGAAGCUUAAAAAAGAAAAGGCAAGUAGUACCUGAAUUCGAGGAGAUGCUCUCUUGUGAGUUUUCUGAACCAAAGUACCAGCUCCGAAGAACAAGUUCAUUCUGACAUGGUGCGAACACGAAUGUUUUGUAGCUCUGCCGAGCAGAGGAGUUUACAAGUGGGUCUGUAGGGGAAGUAUUUAUGAGUUCGAAGGCUUCUGUCAAACCUGCUUCUCCUAGUGCUUUGUUUCUGUAAUACAUGUAUAAAAGUUGAAAAUGUAAUUGUUCAGGCAUAGGUGUUGAUUGUAAGAGGUGAGGACCCGAUUGUGUGUAGUUUGAUAGAAAGGAUACUGGAUUACGUUGAGGUCAGCGAAUUGAAGUGGUUGAGGUCAGCGAAUUGAAGUGGUGUCCUGUGCGGCCGACAAUUAGAGGCCCAAGUGUAAAUUUGCUUCAACUACUGAUAAUAAAUGUUAUAUUGUGUUCGGUUUAUGUGUACU